CCCCCUUCCAUGCAGACGUCUCUAAGAUCUUUGACCAGAGUUAUGGCUUCAUUCUCAGUAGAGACAGAUGUUAAACAAUGAUCCACAUAGAAGUUUUCCCUGAUAGUAUUAAGAGCCUUUUCAUCGUAUUUUCCCAGGUUAUCCUCUGCUGUUUUCUUCAGGGCAAAGCUAGCACAACUAGGAGAUGAGACUGAACCAAAUGAACUGAACUGACUGAACUGGGCUCCGCUGGGCUCCGCUGGCUCCAGCAGGGAGCCAAGCCGAAAUCCUCGGCACCCUCCACCUCCUGUCUCCGUCCCGCGGAGUGGCAGUACUCCGUCAGGGAGGAUGGAGCGGCGGCUCCGGCGCCGGUGAGCUCGACGCCGCUCAGGGCGGAGAAAUCCUGGGCCGUGGUGACCAGAGGCACCAGGCGUCCAUCUCCCCCUGCCCCGCCACCUGAUCUCCCACUGGGGACCAGGUUCGAUGUCCUCAGCAUGCAGGAUUUCCCGCCGAUGGGAGCGCGCCCCGGCUCUCCGCCGGGACCGGUCCAUCCAGCUGAUCGUGGCUCUCGCCAGCCCAGGAACCGGGAUCUGCGGGCCCAGCCUGGCUCGGCCUCUCCGUCUCGGCCAGGAGCAACUGCAGGCCGGCAUCACCAACCCCGGGUCCCCUCCCGCCAGAGGCGCAGCUCCAGGCGGACUGCGGAGCAGCGCACCCCACCUGUGCUGGUCCCCGGGACCACGGAGCAGCGCACCCCACCCGUGCCGGUCCCCGGGACCGCGGAGCAACGCACCCCAGCUGUCCUGGUCGUCGGGACCUCGAUGGUCCGCCAUGUGAGGGUGCAGGGCGGCCGGACCUUCUGCCACCCCGGAGCCCGGGUGAAAGAUGUGGAGUCCGCCGCCCUGCGCCUGUGUGAUCAGCACAGCUCGGCCUCCACGCUGGUCCUGGAGGCCGGAAUCAACGACCUGAGAAAUCGGCAGUCGGAGGUCCUGAAGCAGGAAUUCAGGGCCAUGGUGGAUCGCCUGCUGGACACGGGGAAGCGGCUGGUCAUUUCCGGGCCGCUUCCCCCGCCGCGCUACGGGGACGUCACCACCAGUCGCCUCCGCCAGCUGCACCGGUGGCUGAAGGGAUACUGCCUGGACCAAGGUAUCCCAUAUGUGGACAAUUUUAUGGCUUUUUUAAACAGACCCCACCUUUUUAAACAUGACGGCCUCCACCCAAACCAGGUGGGGUCACGGAUUUUAUCAGUAAACAUUGACCUGACAGUCCAGUCCUGCACCACCACCUCAUGACUCACCGCUAACACACAGACACAUAGGAGCACAUCUCACUCACCCCCACCCACCACAUACACCAACACCACACACACCUGUACAGCACCACCACCACCCCUGUCACCAGAAUCUCUGGACACCCACAUUAUCAAAACCAUAAUUUCACACAGAAAAACAAAGCACAGCAAUGUUUUUAGAUCCAGC